GUUACUACAGGCAGUAGGCAUGUUGCCGAAGGGUCCAUUUUUUUUACUUAAAAUGCAAUUUAAUUAAAUUGCAAAAUAUUGAAGAGUUAAAAUAUCUGGCAAGUUAUCCUGGUUGGAAAGAAAGAUGGCUGCAACCCUGUUUGCUGAACCCCCCUCCGCUACACUUUCAGAAGCCAUUCAACACUUCAUGGCAGCGGAGAGAAUGAAACCAGAAGGGUGGAAGGAGAACCGGCUUUUCAUCGCUAAAUGUCACAUUGGACUAAGAGAAUACUCUGAAGCAAUUUCUUGGUUAGAUAAAGCUGAUUCUAUACCCCUCGCACCCUCACACUACAGGGAGGGUAUAAAGGAUCGGAUCUCACAGGAGGAAAUACAUGGACUAAUUACAAAAUAUCAGGGAUACAGGGUGUAAACCUGUAGCGAGGUGUUUAGCGAGUAAAUAUUUGGCAUUUUUAAGUCUUCCAUGGGGGAUUUUUUAUUUUUUAUGAAAACAUUUUUAUAAAAAUCUUUUUUUGAAUUAACUAUGCAGAGCUUAUUUAACAUUGCACUUAGUGAUAUUUUGAGUAACUUAUUUUUUUCUUAGAUUUUGCUUGUUUUCCAUAUUUGCAUUUUUAAUCACUUAUGAUGAUUUGAUUAUAUUAUAUUAAAGGAAUUUCCAACGUAAUUUUAUUUUAUUUAUGUAAACCAUAAUGUUGUACUAAAAAUGAACCACAAGGUGACAUAUGUGUCCUUUAAACCAGCUGUAAUUGAGACGUGGGAAAAAUCAAAUAAAAUUAACCUCGUCUUUUUUUGCGAAUCUUGACACUUGGAUCAGUGGAUUCGCCUGUUUUUGGAUCCCCGGAGCUAAUCUUUUCCGAAUCUGGAUCCUUUGAAUUUUAGAUCUAUAAACUACAUUAUCUUCACCAUUGUUUUUUUAUUAAGAGGACUGUACUGUACUGUACUGUACUGUACUGUACUGUACUGUACUGUACUG